GAAGAGAGUACAAUACAACACAAUAGUAUGGUGUUCCUCUUUGCAGUUGGAGUGAAUAAUUAAUCCCCAAACUAAACUAGUCACUCACUCACUCCAGAAUUUUGAUGAAUACCAUUGCCAAUGCCAUAAUAAACAAAAAUCUAGUAACAUGUUACAUAUCCAGUUACAGAAAAAGGUUGUUUAUGCUUUCUUAGCCUUCUCAACACUACUAUGAUGACGUGUUCCUGUCAAAAAGACAAUCCACUCCUCUUUCUUUCUACAUGUUUUUUCAUUCAUUUGACACCAGAAACAAAGACACAACAACAACACAACACAACAUAAUAACAUAAACAAACACAUUUCUUCACCGUUCAUUCAACCCAUCAUAAAAUAAAAUAAAAAAGCUCUUUUAUAAACUUUUCUUGCUUUUUCGCCGCAUAGCCACAAAUAUAGCAAACCCCAUUUGGUGAUUCAUUCUCAACCAUCAAAUCCCUUUUUCAUUUUCUUAAUCAAAUUAAUGGGUAAACGCAAACGAACUUCUGAUUUCACUCAUUCCCAUAGGGAUCAUUAUCCUCCUUCCUCUUCUUCUUCGGCAAUUCAAUGCUCUUCGAGGAUGGAGCUGUUGUCAGACGAGCCUUCAUAUUCAGGCGACCAAGGUACACUCGCUCUGCCAUCUGUAUUGGAUAUAACAGAUGGAUCUAUGAAGGUACUUAAUACACAUCCAUCUAUGGCGCAUCAUAAUCAUCAUCCUCAGAAUCUUGGUCGUUCAAUAUUUUUGAAACGAUCACGGUAUUACUAUGGUCACCAGUAUUCUCGCCGCAACUCUGGCAAUCAUUCCAAUGCCUCUUCUUCUCGUAGCAAGGGUACAUCCUCGUACGAUGACAAGCUUUCUUUCAAGGUGGUUCCUCAACCCAACUCGGCACCCAGACAACAUACAGAAUACAGAGAGAAGGCAUUUUCUAGGCCAGAGAGAAUCAGGUCAAAUUCUUUCACAAUGGAUUCCGUAUCACCGGACAUAGUGAAGAUGACUUGCAUGAUAUGCGAGAAGCCACUGAGACGGAAAUUUAAUUUUAUGGGGAAUUCACUAUCUUGCAAUGAGCUUGCAGUUGUAGCAGUCUUAGUAUGUGGUCAUGUUUAUCACGCUGAUUGUCUCGAGCAAAGAACUAGCCUCGAAGAAAUGCGCGAUCCGACAUGCCCCAUGUGUGCAGGUUUACUCUUACAGGAUCAUGAAUGUAAAGAACAAGAAUAAUUUUCAAGUAGAUGAAUGUUACAUUACAACUUAACACUUCUAUGGAAGAAUAACAAAAACUGAAAGAUAGGUCAUUUUGCUGCAAAUGGACUAUGUAGCUAGGAUGAAGAUCCUGUUGACUAUCAGGAAAAGGAUCUCUGCAUUGUCUUGAGAAUUUGCAGAUUUAGGGAGAGUUUAUGUAAUUUCCUUUAAUACUUAAAAAAAAAUAUUAACUAGGCACAUAGUGUGUUGUAAUAUUACUGUAUAAAAGCUGACCAAUGAUGCAGAAAUUGUAGUAGUUGUAAAUGUUUUAGAAUUUAAAAGAUAUACUUGUUUGAUCUCCA